UUAAAAUAAUUGUAAGUAUGUACGUAGAUAUUGUGUUUAUAUAUUUUAUACGAAUUAAUGAUGCGUGAAAAUCCGGAGCCCUUCUCGUUUCUGUAUCAAGUCGUACACGGGGAGGACAAGUCGACAGAUAAACACGUGCACACACAAGCGCCUCCUGUGCUACAACUAUAAUUACAAGGUAAUUAAUCACAUAACUAACUUGUUAAAUACGAAUUCAAGGUCGUCCCAUUGUUAGAAUAUAUAUUUAUUGCAAUAUUAUUUUGAUGUUUUAAUCACACAUUAUUUUGUUUGAAUUGCCAUCCAGCAUUUGAAGUGUCACUAACUUUUUUAUUAUAUUUUAAUUGUAAAUAAUUUCUCAUCGCAGAUACGAGCGGCGCCGAGCGGGUGAAGUAAUCUCGAUCUAGGCUGCUUAUUCGAAAAACUUUGACUUCGUGUAUUAAGUUUACCUUGAUACGGAGCGGUCAUGUUAGGUGCUACUCCUGUGUUGUUUCCGAUCUAUAAGUGAUACAAACAAUAUUCCUGUUUAUGUGUGUGUUGUGAGAACUGUGUACAAAAAUAAUUCAAGAUGUGGUCGCUCGCAAUUCCUGACGGAUUCGUGAUGGACCCGUUGGCGCCCACCGCGCUUGCGGUAUCUUCAGAGUUUAUGGACCGCAUUGGCAGUGGGUUGACAAUACUCAGAGAUCACAGCAAAAAAGUUCAGAAGUAUGUUUGGAAAAACAGAAAAUUCGACAUUCUCAAGAAGUCAUGGAAGUCUAUGGUGAACGUCGUUCUGAUUGAUGCCAAAGAUACACCGGCGGGGAGUGCCAAUGGACUUUAUUGUAAAUUCAAACUGGGCAGCGAAGGUCACAAAUCGAAGCAGCUGUCAAAGUCAAAACCUUCGUGGUGUGAGAGGUUUAACCUCUACCUAUACGAUGACAAUAACUUGGAAGUCACAGUCUGGCACAAGGGGAAACAGAAGACUUUUAUGGGCAGAUGUGUCAUCGACCUCUCGCAGCUUGAAAAAGAGAAGACGCAUGAGUUGUGGCAGGAGUUGGACUGUGGACAAGGAUCCUUGCAUAUGCUGAUCACUUUGAGUGCGACGGCAAGAACUAUGCUCCUGGAUAACGUCCCUACAACAAAUGGCGUUACCCAUGCUGCUCCCGAGGUGGAGAAAUUUACAUGGUACCGCCUGGACAACAAUUGGGGAGAAGUUGGUGAGCUGUCGGUGACGGUGUACGGAGCUGAAGGGCUGAGCGCUCUCGGUCUGAGCGGGAAGGCAGACUCCUACUGCGUUUUAGAGCUGGACAACAACAGAGUCCAAACGCAUACGGUGCCUGGCACUUCAGAUCCAACGUGGAAUAAAAGUUUUACCUUCCCAAUAGACGACGUAACAUCGACACUAACAAUAACAGUAAAGGAUGAAUCGAUUAUAAACACAAUGAAAGAUGGGACACUCGGAAAAAUAUCGAUACCUCUACUGACAAUAGUGAAUGAUGAGAAAGCAUGGUUCGACCUCAGUAACCGACCGAAGAAAUCGGUGCUAACGAAAGGAAACUCCUCGAAAAUUCAAUUACAAAUGUCCAUCGCGUGGAACCCGAUAAAAGCAUCAUUACGAUUAUUAAGUCCUAAAACGAACAAGUAUACGGAACCAACGCCGCGUACGUUUAGCAUACCGCUCAUCUACAACAAUCUGAAGUUCAUCAAAGUUAUAUUUUCGGCUGUGUACUACGGAAAUGAACAUUUAAAGUAUUUGUUUGAGUGGGAGAACCGAGAGAAGUCAGCCCUGGCGCUGGGCGUUUGGUUGCUAUUUUGGUUCUUCUUUAGAAUGUGGAUGACCCCACUGCUCGCAGUUGUCCCCUUCGUAUACUUCUGGGCUACACGAAAUACAGCAAAUCUGAUUCCUAUCUCUCAAUUUGACGAUGAUUCUUCAGAAGACGAUCUGGAAUCAACUAAGGACGACAAAACAAUAAAAACUCGUUUGUACGAACUACAGGAUCUCACUUUUACAAUUAAGGAUGGCAUAGACUACAUUGUAUCUCUAUUACAGAGGGUUAGAAACUUAUUUAAGUUUGCGGUACCGUACUUAAGUUACCUCGUGAUGACUGUACUGGUUGCAGCCACCGUUGCACUAUACAUCAUUCCCAUCAAUUAUAUAUUUAUGGCAUUAGGUAUCUACAAGUUCAUGCGCAAAGUGUUAAACCCUGACCGAGUUCCAAACAAUGACAUACUGGACUUCAUAUCACGGAUACCGGACGACAAGAUGCUGAAACAAUGGCGCGAACUGAGAGUCCCGGAGAACAACUUCAACAGAACAUACUCGAAGAGGCGAUAAGUAAGGAGAGGAAAGGCGCACUGCACGCUACGUUACAUAACCGUAAUGAUGUAGUGUGGCGCGGGCUUUAGCUCCUAAGAGCUCUUCGCUGUCAGCUCCAGUUAACUCCGAUCAGCUCUUGUCAGCUCCUGUCAGCUCCGGAGCUAUGAAGUCUCACAACCCCGACUACGACCGCCUUGCACAAAAUUGUGCAAUAAAACUACGUGAUUGCAUUGAUUGCUCAAAUUAUUUAUAAUUUAAUUUAAUCUCAUAGGUGAUAUUAAUUAUAAUUAUUUUGCCAUUAGACUAAUGAGCAUUUAGAUUCGCAGCCGCAUUUUUUUAAUUAUUUCAUUUAAGAAAUAUUUUUUAUAUUUAUUUAUAAAGUGGUUUGCGGAUUUGUCUGAUAAAUUAGUUAUUAGGUAAUGUUUGUCAUUUUCCUAUCGAUUCUAAGACAAACGACAUGAUAAUGUUAAUAACAUUUUGUACAAUAAUAAACCUUAUGGUUAUUGUAAUAAUGAUCAAUGUACAAAGAAAAUAGUAUGCAAAAUGCAAAUACCUCCUAAUAAGAAGCUAGGUUAACAAUGAAAUUGUGAUGUUUAAUUUUAAGAAUGAAACAAUGAAUAAUUAUAUAUUCUCUUAUA